UUUCCAGGUACAGUGUAGCUAACCUACAGCAAAAUAUAUCGUGUGGGUUAGCUUGGGAACCUUUCCCGAAUAACGUUCUUGAGACGUAUUAAAAAACCGGUAAUAGGCUGUCAUUUACGAAGUCUGCGUUCAAAUAGUUUCCGACCUAUUAACGUUUCACGUCGAAUAUUCAAGUUUCUGGUUUGGCUUCCUACAUUUUAGAAGGUAAUAGUACUUCCAGGGUCACAUAGGCAGUUCCAACGAAAAUAUUCUAUCGAUAGAAUAUGGAAUACGGAAAGGAGUCUGACAUGGCUUACGUGAAAGAAGACGAACAUAGAUACAAAGCUGGAGAACGUGUCAUUGGAGGUGAUACGUACAGUGUAAUGGAAACUGAAAUAGAGAAAAGUUCAAAGGGAAAAACAAAGAGUUCUGAAGCUCGAUUACACUUUCUCCAAGUUGGAGAUGAACACGCCAAAGUAGACGCGCGAUUUCUUGGAGCAGAUUUUGGAGCGCAAGCUGGAUUAGACGGAGACGAAGACGAAGAGGGGAAGAUUACAGGGGCUAUGGUAAAGGCACGGGCAACAGUGGUUGAAGCGAAAGCUGGGCCCCUUUACCUCCACGGUGGAGCUGGAGUAUCAACUGGAGCCAAACUAGAAAACGGAACAAUUGACGCAAAACUCGCUGGUUGUGGCUUAAAAGUUGGCAAGAAGAUCGGUGUUUCUGUUUUCGAUAACGAAAUUUCUGUCGACGCAUUAGCUCUGGCUGGUAAAGGAUGGCUUUGGGGCAAGUAACUGUCACAAUCGUCUAAAUGGAGCUCAAUGUUAAGUUGCUCAUCCUCUUGCAUUGCUUUAAAUUUAAUUUUUGGUACAAAUCAAUCUCUAAUUGUAAAAGGCCAAUAACGCUAUGAAGCAUGUUCAGUGGAACCGUUUGUGGGUUUGUAGGAUUUUAUGUUUGAUGUACGUACUAGAAACUAACUGGUCGCAUGCAUAAAAGUUUUCUAACUGAAUUGAAGGAAAUGGAUACAAGGAUAGUAGCUUCUAGAACAGUGCCAAGCUUGAUUUUUUCUACAAUUUUCCUUUAAAAUCGCUCGUGGUAGUUUUAUUCGGUGAUGUUAAUAUAAUCAGUUGUCUUGGAACGUUCCAGAACUCGUACCUUAAACAGAAUAUAAGCAAACUACGGUGGGAGACAGAUUUCACAGGUUCAUCGUUAGCUGGGUGCGUAUGUAGAAAAAAAAAGCUGUGAGAAAAGGGUUUUCCUAUGUGAAACUUCAGGUGUAAGUUUACCGCUGUGUGAUAUUACCUCUGCACACGCCAAGCUAAUUAAGAAUAAAUAUCCUUGUUACUGUUUUUAA